AUGAAGAACGACCCAGAAGGGCGCAUGUCAUACCCCAGACAUGUAUAUGCGAAUCCGUCGCAUCCUGCUAUUUGCCCCAUUUUAAGUUUGGGUGUCUUGUUGUUUACUCGCGGAGCGCAAGUGCCUGAGUCCCCGACGCUUCUGUUUGGCUACAAUGCAAAGGAUCGGUUUUCGGCUUGGCUCGCGAAGACAUGCGCAGCAAAUGCCGACGACAUUGCUGGCCUCGGACUGUCCAUCUCGGACAUUGUCCUGGUGGCCCACAAGCAGUUAUGGUCUGGCUGCGAGCUGGUUGGAGCCUCGGUGGGGUCCAAGGACGAUACAUAUUUGAAGGAUCUGGAGGCGAUCAAUUUGUUGGCAAAGUUGCAACUGUUUGGAGCGCUUCCACCACAUUUUGGGCCAUCGAUCUCGCUCAGUCCAGCACAGUGGGAGUCAAACUUGCCGGGAUACUCAUCGCUUUAUCCGGCUACGUUUCGAUCGGCCGUCCCAUAUCUGCUGGCGUCGUUGGUCCACCACCACGCAUGGUUGAAGAGUACUCUCCACCACAGCCACCCCUUGUUUCUGUCCCCUGUGUGGUUGUCCGGGUCGCUGACAGCCCUUGCAGCUGGCCUUCACGGUGGUACCUUGUACAAUCCCAUCACCAACAUGACGGCGACUGGCAUCCCACCACACGUCCCGUUGUACCAGCAAUUGCGAGUUGUCCAAACCAACUUGGGGAAGUUGGCUCAACAUGUUGACGACGGGUUUAAAUCUAUCCCUCUCCAACUUCGCAAUGUCUUGGACUCUACCAACCAUAACACAGCAUCAGUGAAAAUGGAGCAACUCAAUGCCGCUGCCGCCAACCACCAGUAA